AUGGACUUCCCCAAUCUUCUUAACCCAUCGCCCGAGACCGAAACACGGCCAACAACAGACACUUGCCCCCCGACUCAACAGGCGCCCUCGAGCGAAGACACGCGUACGAUAUCGCCGGUAUCCUCGCGAUCGAAUCCCCCGAACUACACCUACUCGACUGCGACUCAACAGGAGGCAGCGCAAGCUCUAGCAAGCCUGUCGCAGAGCCCGCAGCCUCCGCCUGCACAAUGGAAUGGCUAUACCGCACCUGAUGCCAAUGCCUUGGAACGGCAGAGAUCGUGGGAGAGGCAGAAAAGUGGCUUUGGCGACCCAAUCCAGUUGCCCCCCCCUCCGAUGGGCGGCGAUGCGCGUAAGAUGAGCUCGCCCACCCUCGACCAGUACCAUGUCGCGUCGCGGUCGCCAGAGCACCGACGACAAUCCAUGGUGUCGCCACCUCAGGCGAACUUCACUUUGCCGCCGUUGCAGGGUUUCGCGCUGCCAUCAGCCGAGCCGGCGAGACGGCAGUCGCAGGUCUCGAGCCACGAACAUGAAGUGAAUGAGCAGCAGAGAACGUCAUCGAGCUCCUCACACGGCCAUAACUCGAACGCGCCUUCCGCUGCUCUUCCAAGUGAGCCUCAUGUGGAAACCUCGACCCAGACACCGAUCACCGCACAAGUCGCAAAUGCCAUUUCACCACAACAACCGAACCCUCAAAUCACAACCAUACCCGAAGAAGUCGCUUCGUCACCAGCAGUCAUCAAGCAAGAGAACACCAGCACACCUCAGCCCUCGUCCCCGAUCAACGCUCGUCGACCGUCCGACGUGGACCAGAAAGCACUCAAGGCGGUAACUUCACUCAAAAGCGAGCACAGCAUGUCCAAGCAAUCGCCCCUACGCGAGUCGUCCGUGCCGAUCCCCUCGACUGAAGACCCAUCCCUCGAGCAGGCCGCCACUGCGUCAAAGAAGCGCCCAGCACCCGCCAAGACGAAGAAAGGUACCGCCAGUAUGGUCAAAAAGGACAAGGCCGCGCCGCCGGCGAAGAAGAGGAAGGUAGAGACAAAGAAGUCAGGAACACCUUCGACAGCAAAAGGGACCAGCGCGAAAGGCACACCGCUCAAUUCCUCGCCAGCACCGUCCAACCGCUCGUACUCGGCCGACCCGGAUGAGGAGACGUAUGAGAAUGAGGACGAGGAUAUGGAGGGACGCUCAGACGAUGGCGACGAGUAUUGCAUCUGCCGUAAGCCCGACAAUGGCACAUUCAUGAUAGGGUGCGACGGUCCUUGUGAGGACUGGUUCCACGGCAAAUGCGUGAACAUUGCGGAGCGUGACAAGAACCUAAUCGACAAGUACAUCUGCCCAAACUGCACCGAAGCCAGUAAGCACGGGUUGACGACGUGGAAGCGGAUGUGCAGACGUGGUGGCUGUCGCAACGCGGCGAGGCUCGGCAAGUCGAAGAGUGGGAGUGGCAGCAAGUACUGCUCGGAUGACUGUGGCGUGCAAUACUUCAGGGAGAUGGUUUCGCGGAGUCGUGGAAGCGAGGAGACGGCUAAGAACCGUGCUUCGCGAAGAAAGGGAAGCAUCGCAGGAUCCGACUACCGUCCUGGUGACGAUGACCUGGGCGCAAGAGGCGGUGCUCUAGCUGCAGGAGAAGUCAAGGCACUUUUAGACUCGUCGAAGACAGCAGAUGAAUUCAGGAAGCUUGGCGAUGGAGUACUCAGCCCUCCUGCAACCCCAGACGGCAAGGACCACAAGGGCAGCCAGUAUACCGCACAAGAGGCACAGGCAAUGCGACGCAUCGAGGCCGAGAAGGAGGAAGCACGACAACGACAUGGUCUACUCAAGGACCGCAUGAAGUUCGUCACCCUUGCCAAACAGGCAGGAAGCCGCACCGCUACCGAGAAAGAGCUGAAGUCGAAGGACUACUGCGGAUACGACCCACGUCUCGAGUGGACGAACGAGCAAUUCCAAAACUGGCGGAGCAGCACGGCAGCACAACAAGCUUUCGAGCUGGAUACCCUGCAAGUCGAGAAGAGCAGCGAGGAAGAGAAUGGUGUGGACGAAGAUGACGCGGACCUCACCAUCUGUGACCGCAAGAAGUGCGCGAGACACCAUGAGUGGAGUAAGCUUGCGGUGGACAGUCUAAGGUCUGAGAUGAAUGAUAAUGGUGAUGCUAUGCGGAAGCUGGAGCAGGAGGAGUCGGACAUCAAGGAACGCGCUGCGCUUCGCGUGAAGGCGGGCAAGAUCAAUGGUGAGGGCACCGUGGAAGUGCAUGGUCUCGGCAUAGCUGCUGAGACACCGCCUGAUGCGAUGGAAAUCGAGGCGCAGACCAAUGGGCCGGUGGAGAUGGGCGAGCGUUGA